UUUUGCGUAACUUCCAGCUGCACUUCCUUUUCGACGUAGCGAGACGAGAGGGACAGGCCGCCAAAAUGAGUAAGGUCACAAGGGAUACGUUAUAUGAAGCUGUGAAGGAAGUCCUGCAGGGCUCUCUGUCCAAGCCAAGGAAGUUUGUGGAGACUGUGGAGCUGCAGAUCAGCUUGAAAAACUACGACCCCCAGAAGGACAAGCGUUUCUCCGGCACUGUCAGGCUGAAGACUCUCCCCAGGCCAAAGUUUUCCGUGUGCGUGCUGGGAGACCAGCAGCAUUGCGACGAGGCCAAAGCCGCUGAGCUGCCACACAUGGACAUCGAGGCUCUCAAGAAGCUCAACAAGAACAAGAAGAUGGUGAAGAAGCUCGCCAAGAAGUACGACGCCUUCCUGGCCUCCGAGUCUCUGAUCAAGCAGAUCCCCCGUAUCCUCGGUCCUGGACUUAACAAGGCCGGCAAGUUCCCCUCCCUGCUCACCCACAAUGAGAACCUCAACACCAAGGUGGACGAGGUCAAAUCCACCAUCAAGUUUCAGAUGAAGAAGGUGCUCUGUCUGGCCGUGGCUGUCGGACACGUGAAGAUGACCGAGGAGGAGCUGGUGUACAACGUCCAUCUGGCCGUCAACUUCCUGGUGUCUCUGCUGAAGAAGAACUGGCAGAACGUGCGUGCCCUCUACGUCAAGAGCACCAUGGGCAAGCCCCAGCGCCUCUACUAAAGACACAUUUUCUACUAAUAAAAAUGUGGAGUUGCUCCAGAAGUUGA